AUGGCGCCUAGCAAUUGGCGAGAGGGGAGGGUAAACGUGGGAGGUAAAGAGACCUUCCGCUGCGUAAAGCCGGUUCGACCCGGAAACAAAAUCGUUUUUAAAACUAUUCACAGUCUGCCGGGGCGGGAGGAAUUGAAGUGUAGAGAAGACUGGACGGCUUCGCAGGUUGCUAAGCGACGAGGGGUUUGCAGGGACGCACCCUCAGAGACGGCCGGGGGCAGCACAUCUUCCCCACUCCGGAGGCAGGACAGAGAUUCCUUCUGCCAUCAGAUGUCUUUCUGCUUGACUGAACUGCACCUGUGGUCUUUGAAGAAUACCUUACACAUUGGGGAUAGAGACAUCGGGAUCUACCAGUAUUAUGACAAGAAAGAGCCACCAGCAACAGAGCAUGGUAACUUAGAAGAAAAGCAGAAGCUGGCAGAAUCACGAGAUUUUCCAUGGACGCUCAAAAACAGACGCCCAGAAAAACUUCGAGACUCACUCAAGGAGUUGGAGGAGCUGAUGCAAAAUAGUCAGUGUGUGCUGAGCAAAUGGAAGAACAAAUAUGUCUGUCAGCUUCUCUUUGGUUCAGGUGUGCUGGUGUCCUUAAGCCUUUCCGGGCCGCAGCUGGAGAAAGUGGUGAUUGACAGAAGCCUGGUGGGGAAGCUCAUCUCAGACACCAUCAGUGAUGCUCUUCUCACAGACAGCUUUAUCAUCUUAUCAUUUUUGGCACAAAACAAACUAUGUUUUAUUCAGUUUACCAAGAAGAUGGGUUCUCCUGAUAUAAACAAAAGACUGGAAAAACUCUCAGCCUUGGAUUAUAAGAUUUCCUAUUAUGAAAUCCCUGGCCCAGUAAACAGGACAACACAGCGUCGUCUAGCUAUCAAUUGUGUUCAAGAUAUAGUUGUUUGCUGGUGGCCACUGGUCAGUGAUGAUGCUUGGCCUUGGGCCCCCAUUACUUCUGAGAAAGACAGAGCCAAUCUGCUGCUCCUGGGUUAUGCUCAAGGAAGACUGGAGGUUCUGAGUUCUGUACGCACGGAAUGGGAUCCACUGGAUGUUCGCUUUGGCACCAGACAGCCUUAUCAGGUGUUGACAGUGGAGUGCUCCAUCAGUGUAGACAAAGAGCCCAUGGCUGACAGUUGCAUCUAUGAAUGUGUUCGGCACAAAAUCCAGUGUGUAUCAGUCACCAGAAUACCACUAAGAUCGAAGGCCAUUAGCUGUUGCAGGAAUGUUACUGAAGACAAACUGAUUCUGGGCUGUGAAGAUUCUUCAGUAAUCCUUUAUGAAACUCACCGUAGAGUGACUGUCUUAGCUCAGGCUGAAGUUCUGCCUUCAUUAAUAAGCUGCCACCCAAGUGGUGCCAUUCUGCUAGUUGGCAGUAACCAAGGGGAGCUGCAAAUUUUUGAUAUGGCUCUUUCUCCUAUUAACAUCCAGCUUUUGGCUGAAGACCGCUCACCUAGGGAGACUCUACAAUUCAAAAAAUUCUUUGAUGUUUCUAGCAGUCUUGUUCAAAUGCAGUGGAUAGCUCCGCAGGUUGUUUCUAAGAAGCCUGAAAGUGGGGACAUCUAUGAUCUCCUCUUCCUCAAGUUUGACAGAGGACCUUUGGGUGUACUUCUUUUUAAACUUGGUAUCUUCACACAAGGACAGCUGGGCCUGGUAGACAUCAUCUUCCAGUACAUUCACUGUGAUGAGAUCUAUGAGGCAAUAAACAUCCUGAAUAGUAUGAACUGGGACACUCUGGGCUACCAGUGCUUUAUCAGCAUGACUGCCAUAGUAAACCAUCUUCUUAGACAAAAGCUCACUCCAGAGAGAGAAGCACAGCUUGAGGCAAGCCUUGGAACCUUCUAUGCUCCAACAAGACCACUCCUGGAUACAACUAUAUUGGAAUACAGAGACCAAAUCAGCAAAUAUGCAAGGAGAUUCUUCCACCACUUACUCAGGUACCAGAGAUUUGAAAAGGCAUUUCUGUUAGCUGUUGACAUUGGUGCUCGUGACCUGUUUAUGUGGUCUGGAGCUGAACCCACAAUAUCUCCAGAGUAUACCUGUAAUCCAUUAUAUAAAAUGAGGCACCCUGACUCCAUACUGAUACAAGACAUCCAUUACCUUGCACUAGAAAAGGGCGAAUUGGCACUAGCUGAAGUGGCAAGAAAGAGAGCUAGUGACAUUGAUGCAGAAUCAAUAACCUCUGGAGUUGAUAGUUACCGUGUUCCUGGUCAGACUGCCUCUAAGAAGGAAGUAAAACAAGUUUGUGCACAUACAUUCAUAUGCAGGGUCAAAGGUGAAGACAAAAUGUGAAAGAGAAACAUGUUGUUUCUAGUAAAACUCUUUCCUUAUCUAGAAUUAGGUGUACUCAUAAAUGUAUGCACUAUAAUGUGUAGAGAUGACUGUUUCAUUAUUUUUUAAUAAAAUUUAUAGUUUUUAUAGGUAAUAGUCUAGAUAUUUGGAAUGCAUUCAUUUAAGCAGAAGAAAUAGCUGGCAAAUGUUUUAUGUUAGGUGGUAUGCAUGCUAAGUUUAUAACCUUUCUUCUCUUUAUCCAAUGUAAGUUAACUUGAUGUGACAGGGUGUGAUAUAUCACAGAGAUGACUCAGGUCAGGAAUUUCAAGAAAUCUUAAAAAUAAUACCUUUUAAAAGGACUUAAGUAAAUAGUACAUAAAGAUCUGUAGAGUAUAUAGUCUUUUUUUAUUUUUUUACCCUGUUAUCUAUCAAAGAAUUGAGUUCAACUGCUUAAACGUUUAGGAAAGUCUUUUACUCAGAAAAAAGUAAAUAUUUGCCAAUUAGGGUAGGGGAGAAAUCUCUAGGUUCCUGUACUGUUAGAGUGCCUACCAGCAGAUACAUCUGUUUAUUUAGAAUUUAUACAUCUAUUUGUUGACCAAAAAAUUCAAUGAUAAAUUGAUGUUUCCAUCACCUGCUUUUCCUUUUUUUCUGAAGCCUUUGCAAUUAUAUAGCUGUCAUUACAAACUCCUGUCCCAAAGCAUGGGGUUUCAAUGAAGAAUAUGGUUAGAUCACAAGAUUUGCUUCUAAAGGGCUGAAUUUUGGUUCUAUCAUAGGAAAAUAAGUGUGUACUUCAGUAAGUGGUAAAGUAUGACAUACAUUUGGAGGAAUGUACAUACUGUAAGUUUUCAGCUCAGUAAACAUACCCAUGUAACAUCCAGAUAAUGGAAAUGAACUUCAUCAGCACUCUAAAAAGGCUCCCUUGUCCCAACUUCUCACGCCUCCAAAGGAUAAACAUUUCUGACUUCUAGUACUACAAGUCAGUUUUAUUUGACCUUGUAAGAGAAUCAUCUGUCCUUCUCUGGAAAUAGGUUCACUCAUAAAUGUAUGUACUUUAGUAAUGUAUGGAGAUGACUAGUAGGGUCUUUUGGGCAGGGUUGAGGUCUGACUUAUUUCACAUAACAUUACUUUUGUGAAAUGCACCCAUAUUAUUAUGUAUAUAGCAAUAUGUAACAAAAUGUAAUCAUUUUGUCACUGAUGGAUAUUUCAGUUGUUUCCAGUUUGGGGCUUUUAUAAAUGUUCUUCUAAAUAUCCUUUGUGACUAUACCUAUCCAUUUGCGCAUACAUUCAACUUUAGUAGAUACCUCCAAAGAUUUAUUCAGUAGCUGAAACGAUUUACAUUUUUGUUAUCAGUACAUGAGAACUACAGUUUAGCCUCAUCUUUGCCAGAAGUUGUUAUCCCCUGCCACCAUUUUACUCAUUCUGAAGGGUGGAUAGUGGUAUUACAUUAUAGAUUUAAUUUGUAUUUCCCUGAUGACUCAUGAAAUUGAGCAUCCAGUUAUAUGUUUACCGGAAAUUUGAGUAUGUUUUGAAGUGCCUGUCAAGACUUCUGAUCAUUAUUCCACUGCAUUAUCAUUCUUUUUUCUUAUGAUUUUUCAGGAGUCUUUUAUAUAAUCCUGACCUAUUACUGCAAAUAUUUUCUACCACUCUUGGGUUCCCUUUUUUGCUUUUUUAAUAUUGUAAUUUGUUGAGUAGAAGUUUUUAGUAGUAAUAUACUACCUUUCCCAUUUUUUUCCAUUAUGUUGAUUACAUUUUGUGCCCUGUUUAAAACAGUUUGUAGAGAUAUCUUAUGUUAUAAAGAGAUAUCUUCUGUUUUCUUUAAGAUCUUUGUCUUAACUUUUAAGUCUUUAUUGAAUUUGUUACA